AUGUGUGGCAUCUUUGGAUACAUCAACUAUUUGGUGGAGAAGGACCGCAAGUUCAUCCUCGAUACCUUGAUCAACGGCCUUUCCCGUCUCGAGUACAGAGGAUAUGACUCUGCCGGUCUAGCAGUCGAUGGUGAUAAGAAGAAUGAGGUUUUCGCUUUCAAGGAGGUCGGCAAGGUCGCCAAGCUCAAGGCUUGUAUCGACCAGUCCGAUGUCGAUUUAAACAAAGUCUUUGAUUCACAUGCUGGCAUUGCCCACACUCGAUGGGCUACCCACGGUCCUCCCUCCACCGUCAACUGUCAUCCUCACCGAUCGGACCCUACCUGGGAAUUCAGUAUCGUUCACAAUGGCAUCAUUACCAACUACAAGGAGCUUAAGACGCUCCUCGUUGCGAAGGGCUUCAAGUUCGAAACCGACACCGAUACGGAGUGCAUUGCCAAGCUCACCAAGUAUAUUUAUGAUCAGAACCCGCAGAUCGGCUUCACCGACUUGGCCAAGGCAGUAAUCCAAGAGCUUGAGGGAGCUUACGGUCUGUUGAUCAAGUCUGUUCACUACCCACACGAGGUUAUUGCCGCCCGCAAGGGCUCUCCCCUCGUCAUUGGUGUUAAGACUCAGCGACGUAUGAAGGUUGACUUUGUUGACGUCGAGUACGCUGAUGACAACACCCCUCUCCCUGCCGAAGCUGCUUCUCAGAAUGUGGCCCUGAAGAAGAAUGCCACGGAUUUCCUUUCUCCUGCCAACAGUCUGCUGGGGGCCCCCGACAAGUCUCUCCUGCACCGCUCACAAUCCCGUGCUUUCAUGACUGACGAUGGCAUGCCCAUGCCCACCGAGUUCUUCCUGUCUUCCGACCCCUCUGCCAUUGUGGAGCACACAAAGAAGGUUUUGUACCUUGAGGACGAUGACAUUGCCCACAUCCACGAAGGCUCCCUGAACAUUCACCGUCUGAAGAAGGCCGAUGGUAGCUCCAACGUCCGUGCCAUUCAGACCAUUGAGCUUGAGCUCCAGCAGAUCAUGAAGGGCAAAUUUGACCACUACAUGCAGAAGGAAAUCUUCGAGCAGCCCGAAUCCGUGGUCAAUACCAUGCGUGGCCGUCUUGACGUCGAUGCUAAGACUGUAACUCUCGGUGGAUUGAGAUCGUAUAUCUCAACCAUUCGCCGGUCUAGAAGAAUUAUCUUCAUCGCUUGCGGUACCAGCUACCACUCUUGCAUGGCCGUCCGCGGCAUUUUCGAGGAGCUUGCUGAAAUACCCAUCUCUGUGGAGUUAGCUUCCGACUUCCUGGACAGAGAAGCUCCAGUGUUCCGUGACGACACGUGCGUUUUUGUCUCACAGUCUGGUGAAACUGCCGACUCACUGAUGGCUCUCCGAUACUGUUUGGAACGUGGUGCCUUAACUGUUGGCAUUGUCAACGUUGUUGGUUCCUCGAUCUCUCUUCUUACGCAUUGCGGUGUCCAUGUCAACGCCGGUCCUGAAAUCGGUGUUGCCUCGACCAAAGCAUACACCUCCCAGUUUAUCGCCAUGGUCAUGUUUGCCUUGUCUCUGAGCGAGGAUCGAGCGUCGAAGAAGGCUCGCCGUGAGGAAAUCAUGACUGGUCUUAGCAAAGUCUCCGACCAGAUCAAGACCGUCUUGGAGCUUGACCAGCCAAUCAAAGAAAUGUGUGAGAAGGUUUUCAAGGACCAAAAGUCCCUUCUACUACUUGGCCGUGGUAGCCAGUUCUCCACUGCCCUUGAAGGUGCGCUUAAGAUCAAGGAAAUUUCCUACUUGCACUGCGAAGCUGUCAUGUCUGGUGAACUAAAGCACGGUGUGUUGGCUUUGGUGGACGAGAACAUGCCCAUUAUCAUGAUUCUCACUCGAGAUGAGAUUUUCAAGAAGUCUCUCAAUGCAUACCAACAAGUCAUUGCUCGUAAAGGAAAGCCUAUCGUCAUCUGCAACCCCAACGACGAAGAGUUCGUCAACUCCAAGGCGCAGAAGAUUGAGAUCCCCCAGACUGUCGAUUGUCUCCAAGGACUUCUCAAUGUCAUUCCCCUGCAGCUGAUUGCUUACUGGCUGGCUGUUCUCGAGGGUCUCAAUGUUGAUUUCCCUCGCAACUUGGCCAAGUCUGUGACUGUUGAGUAA